UGCCUCCCCCUUUGCUCGGAUCUCUCUCGGUCUCUCUCCUCUGCGGGAUAAAGAAACCCCAUGGAGCGAGCACCAACCCGAACCGAAUCCGAAUAUCUUCUCGGACUAUCCGCGCACUUCUUGACCCUCCGGAACCUACCCAUGUGCCGGCAAUACGCCCUCCGAGUCAGAGAAUCCGGCACCGACAAACACUCCGUCUCCGAGCAGAUCCUCGCCAUCGCCGACGUCCUACUCGCCGCUGAGAACCGCCUUUUUAACCGACAUCUUGACUACUUGUCCAUCCUCCAAAUCCGCCGGGCCGACUCUGGGAACCGCCACCUCGUUCAGAGCCAGUACGAGAAGCUCGCGGCUCUCCUUAACCCCAACGUUAACAAGUUCGCUUUCUCCCCGGACGCACUCGGACUCGUCUGGGAAGCUUGGUCUGUGCUCUCCGACCCCGAAAAGAAGGCCCAGUACGAGAACGAAAUCGGCAUUCCGGAAAAGCGCAACGAGCACAAGGAGAAGAAAGGGACCGAGAGCGAGGGUACUGACACAUUCUGGACCUUGUGUCCGUACUGUUACUGCAUGUACGAGUACGAGAAGGAUUACGAGGGAUGUUGCCUUCGGUGCCAGAACUGUAGGCGGGCGUAUCAUGGGAUGGCGGUAAAUGCGCCGCCGAAGAGUAUAUUGGUGGAGGAAGGGACUGGGAAGGAGCGGUACCAUUGUUGCUGGGCCUAUUUUCCUCUGGGGUAUAACAAAGGAGCAGAGAGCCGUAGGAAGGGGAAUGCCGGAAUCGAUGUGGGAAGGGAGAGGAGGAACGUGAAUACUGUGGCUAGGAAAACCAAUAACAUCAUGAGGAGCAGGAGGAAUGGAUUGGGAAGAACGAAUUCGAACUUGGAAUUUGGAGAGGCAAGUGGGAGUGGAAAUGGUGAGGGUGGGUUGGAAUUCUAUGAGGGGGAUGAUGAUGUCUAUGUUGGUAUAGUGGCUACGCCCUGACGCUUGAUGGUGAGAAUUGGAAAUGCUGAGGGACUCAACUCAAUAGGUUUGUAAAGUUUCGAAGUUGCAAGUCAGGAAUGUGUACAUACGAAAUAGCAUUUCUCAAGGACUUAUCUCAACUGAUUCCAUGGCAGCAGAUCAUUCUUCAAACCAAAAUCAAAAGUGAGACCAAACAACUCAAUGCCAAGAAACACAGCGAGGCAAAGAUGAGACGUAGGAGGUGAAUCAAUGAUCAAUACCACACUCUUCACAAGAUCCUCCCAAACUUAAUCAAAGAUCAUGUGUAAUUCAAAUGAACAGAUGACAAGGCAAGGGUGCUUGCUGAGACGGUGAGGCAAGUGAGGGGGCUGAGGAUGACAGCCUCAGAUUUGGAAGCAGUAUACGAUGGUAGCAAUAAGGACUGCAUGUUCCCAUGCGAGGCAGACAAGCUUAGUUUGGAACACUGUGAUGAUGAUUGGGAGGCAGUUAAGGUCAUGUUCAGCUGCAAGGAUAGGCCAGGAUUGAUGUCAGCCGCAGAAAGGGCACUCAGGUCAGUGCAAGCGAGGGUGGUGAGGUCUGAGAUGGUGACGGUGGGAGGACCAAGAGUGUGUUGUGGGUGCAAGGGCUAAGUGGUGGCAAUGCUGAAGGGAUUGUAAAGCUAAGGAGAGCUUUGAAGGGAGAUCAUAGACAGGCCCAUCUUGCCAGGGAUCGCGAAAAAGCGACGGCUCGCUCGAUGAAACCUUCAGUUAAUGCAUGAAUUCUAUAGCUCUAGAUACAUUCUAAGAUGGGUGGUUUAAAAAACUGAUGGUUUCUCCAGUUCAUAUGUUUCUUGUUUUAUUUUCAUUUUUAUUUUCAGUUUAGUAAUUCUAUCUGAUUAUGUUGAUUGGUGA